GUGACGAGAGAUUGUCUACUCUUGUGCUAAAAACAAGACGAAUCUGGGAAGAAAACGAGUUUCUGGUGUUGCUGUCUUGGAGGAAGUGUCUGGCGAGUGUCUACUGAUUUUUCUGAGAGAUUAACGUCCUGAAAUUAUUGGUUCUUACGUAACGUGACAGUAUGAAGAUGACGUGACAUGAGUAUGAAUUGGUUCUUACGUAACGUGAGUAUUAAAUUGUUGACGAUCAUGACCUGGAAAAUGUUGAUGAUCCUCCCAUCUAGCCACAAGAUCUUCAUUUUUUCAUUUCAGAGCUUUUCAGAUUCAGAAGAUCUUCUUUUACCCCCAAGUUCACCGCCAUUUCUUUCUCCCCAUUGUCGAGCUGGUUGUUUCUUUUCUUUGGAGAGUGUACUUAUCUAUAAUUGUGUUUGGGCUAUUUUAGGGAAAUCAUUGUAUCUCAUGGCGCAGGAACAUCCACAUUAUUUAUAACAUAGUCAUUGUACAUGUAGUGGAUGGCUUGGGACAAGUAAGAACGUGCAUAGGACAAGGCUUUCAGUUACAAUCUACCUUUGAUGCAGCAGGCGCGCAGCAUAUGUCGUAGUAGUGUGAAGAAACGGAAACUGUAUUAAUUCUCCGUGACCUAUAAAAAAGCGUUCUUGGUUUUUUGGGAAAUUUGAAAUUCUUUUGAUACCUCAGCGCUUAGUAGAUUCGCUGAGUGACAAAACCUGUUUUCUGUAGCAGGUGCGUGACAAACAAUUACCCCUUAGUGUUAAACGUUGGUGAAGUCGGUAUGAAUCCCAAUCUUCCAACGAUUGAUUUCCUGUGCAUAAAGUCAACGCCGACACAAGUUCAUGAUGGUUCCCUAGUACGAUCGAACGACGUGCUACGACAGCGACUUGAACAAGACACGAAUAGGAGCGAUUCUUACAGCCGCAGACGCCGACCUGUCGCAACUCUCAACAGGCAGUUCGUCAUCCUGAUCAUCAUACGAACGAACUGCCUUGAGUGAAGAUCUAUCAUCCGCCCAAGGCCAAGGCCACUUGGAUCUUGAUUCUACUAGCGCAUUCCUGGUACCACGAAGCGACUACGCCAAUCAGCACAUCUUCUGACGGAACAUAAGGAAGAUCCUCACAUCCACUCCUGCGAACGAACUACAUCACGAACUUCUACACCCUACUCCGAGACAUACCGAUUCAUAGCUACAACUCGGUCAUUCAUCCCCUCAAGGAUUAGCAUCCCCAACUCUACCCGAGAGUUCUACUACGCUUACGCAGACUCUCAAGAUGUCGUUCUCCAGCUCCUCUUCCACGCCACGAAAAGGCCGAACGUCUCCCAGCCAGCAGCCCCCAUGGCAGAUAAUACGAAACGCGAUAGAGCUACGAAAACUCCAAACAAUGGCGUUUUUGGACGGCCAAUUGAGGAGAUUGAGUAGUUCUGAUUUAGAAAAUUGAUUUUUUGGACGGCCAAUUGAGGAGAUUGAGUAGUUCUGAUUUAGAAAAUUGAUUUUUUGCUCGGUGUACGGGCGAUAAUUAGAGUUUUUUUUGAGGAAGGAAAACAACUCGCUCCUAUUCUUGAAUACUAAAACUAAUGUGCUAUCCAAAUCCAUAAUCUAUCUUCAACAAGAAGAACUAUCUACUAUCAGCUUUUUUCCAUGUCAAACCACAUGAAUCCACCAUCAACUACUCCUACAGAGCGCGAAGACGGAAAUGGACUGUCAGACGAUUUCCUUAGAAGAGAAGGCUACUGCCACAUGGCCCAUAAUUGUUGGUGGUUCCUAUCGUCUUCGUUCCUCUACUCACUCGCCGGUCUCUACCUCUUCUUGACGGCUGAAGUCAUGAGGAAGAAAUGUACUUUACUUUUUUCUUUUGGAAUUCUUUCAGUGUUUUACCAAAGAAGCAGGCGGGUGAAAAUAGCAAGAUUUUUUAAUAUUCAGGCUCCGGUGGGUCAUGAUCUUCUCCUUAAUCAACAAACAACAGUCCCAGGCUCCGGUGGGUCAUGAUCUUCUCCUUAAUCAACAAACAACAGUCCCAGACUUCGGUGGGUGGUGGUAUAUUGAAGCUGCGGCGCUAGUCAUACAAGGCCCAAUAAGCUAUUGGAACGACGUUUAUUGCUUCGGGCUGGACAAAAUUGCGAGCACGGUAUUUGAUUUAUAGCUCUUGAUUUUCAGACGUCGUCGAACACGAGAGUCUCUAGAGUUUUGUUACAUUUCAGAUUUCGAAAUUUUGAAAUUGAAAGUUCAAGAGUUUUGGAAAUCGAAAAAUUGGACUUUAUCUCCUUUGUUUGUUCUAACGUUUUUGUUUUUGUUAUCACGACAUGUUGACAGGUCGAUCGCUGUUGUGCCACGAUGAUGUUUCUGCUGCAAGCUUUAAAGGUGUUUUUGCUGCCCAUGGACCUCCUUUCUCAUCUGCUCUUCGCCAGCGCAGUGUGCUCCUCAUUGGUGAUAUUCUUCAUCGGCUCGUCACACUUCGGCGAUCUUUUAUCAGCCGCAGGAAACGCUGCAGAAUACGAGUUAAAUCGUAGCAGUGAGGACGACGCUGGUGCAUUAGGUGGCGAUACGAGGACGGAAGUGCAAGUUGUCGAACUUCAACAGGCGUCGAACAACGUGGCAGGUAGUAAUGGUAAGAUGAAUGACUCAACAUUACCAUCCUCAGUGGGAGUGAUCGCAGCAGCAGCACAUCAGCAACCGAAGGAUCCAAACCAGGAUGCGCCAUCAUCUCCUGACUCAGUACAUGAAGCGACUGAGGGAGCAAGGAGCCGCGAAGACAAACCAGGAGUCGGUCUCUCAACAAGUCCUAGCUUGUCAUCUUGCACAGGAGGGAGCACAACUAGUAGUUCCUGUGCCUCUAGUUCUGUGGCAUCCUCUUCCUCAAAUUACAAGACGUCCUCUUCAGAUAGCAUACAACAGAUGGAGAUGACCUCAACAUCAUGUUCAGCUGGUACAGGAUCAUGCUCGGGAGAUUCUGGAGAUGUUGGCGAAAAAUCUGGUUCUGGUAGUGGUUAUAGUCAGCUAACGAUACAGAAACUUCUGGUAGAGAAACACUUCAACGCCUACCUCUAUUGGCACACACUGUGGCAUGUUUCCUUGCCAGUGCCGGCAAUGCUCUUGCUCGCAGGAUGGAGGCUAGAGAUGGGCGAGCAUCCUUUCUACAAUUACACGCCGUGGGGAAGCUGACACGACUGACACUGUUGACAACUUCGUGAUCGUCUCAAACAGUUUGGUGCAGAAGGUGUUUAGAAGUACAACUUGUGCAACUAGAUGAAGUAGAACUACUUCAUCCUCUUCAUCUAAAAGUUUGGUGACCACUCCAGUUUUUCCCUUGCACUAGUGAGUGAUAGGAAGUACCCCCAUAGUAUUGAACUCUACUGCUUUAUCUACUAUGGCAAGCAAAAAAGUUUACCAGCACGAUGUCGACAGCUUGUUUGUCAUCAUAAGACUGCCGUGUUUCGUUGUGGUCCUUUUUUGCUUGCGUUUGGUAGGUUGACGUCGAGGUUAUUCCGACAUAUGAGCAUUGAAAUUUUUAUUUUGGUCUAGUUGCGCCAGCGCUGAUCCUGAUGAACCUUCGGUGAGGCAUAUUAUUGCGACAACUUCUCAGAAAACUAUGAUUUUUGCUCCGAGGCAGGAAGGUAGUUGAUGGAGUUGUAACUAUUGCCUUGGGCCAACGGCCAAUGUUGAAGGAGCAACUGAAUCACUGACUUAGGGUGGUGGUCGCUGCGUAACAACACAUAUGGGAAUUCUAUGGUGACCAACACGAUGAUCAACAUUGCUGUGCUCUAACACGACCUUUUACAUAGUGACUCACAUACAACUGCGCCAUGUUGGGGAUGAAACUCCACCUCGCUUACGUGAAAAUGAAAUUUUAAAACGCCUCCAAUGAACUACAUGGCUUAUGAUCGUCAACAUAUCCGC